AUGAAUUAAAUUUAAAUUCAAAAUAAACCAAAUUCUGCUCGUAAUACUUCUCAAAGAAUUCGAAAUACUUCGUAACACUACCAACAAUCAUAAGUGCUUGUUAAAACAAAGUGUGUAUAAUUUCAGAAGAUAAAAUAAAAUAAUUUGCUUGAAUUAUUACUCAUGGAUACUGGAACAAGAAUGCCAUCACCAAUUUCUAGUUAAAUCAGUGUAGGAAUAGGAAGAAUACCAAAGGAUUUUUUUAAUUGA